UAAAAGAAAGCCUAUUGACUAAUUAAGAACUUCUAUUUUUUUUCGAAGUAAGCAAAUAUUUUUUUUUCCAUUAGAACCUCCUCUUCCUAAAAAUAUAGAAGCUAAAACCCUUUUUAAAGCUCAAACCCCCUCCACGGACUGCACGUAGUCUCUCCAGCAAUUCUCUCUGCCGCUGUUUUACAUUUUCUUAAUUGGAACCAGCAAAUCGAAAGCUAUCUUCUUAGGGUCCACUCGAGAAGCGUACGCGUGCCUUCAAAUUUUCUCUGGUGAGUUACAACUUUGACGGUUCUCAGGAUUAUUGCAUGGAUUCUGAAGAUCCCUCCUCUUCUAGCGCGGUCGACCAAAUUGUUUCCGAUGAUGAUGAAAUAUGCUACAGCAUCAAACCAGAAUUUUAUGACCACUGUAGUGACGAUAAGGAUGAAGCCUGGUUGGAGCGUCGAAGGAAAGGCAGGAGCUCUGAUGCAAUACUCAGCUGCCGGGCUUGCUUUACAACUCUCUGUAUCGACUGUCAAAGGAAUUUAAAUUACCCAAACUCUAUGCUGACUAUCGGCUAACCAGUGCACCUCAUUGGGGUGCAAGUGCUAGUUAUAAUAGGAUUUGAACUUUUAUUAGGAAAUAUAUCUAGUCAGGGUUGUUGCAGAGGUGGGCCGAC